AUUGAAUACAAAAAAAACUAUAUAGAGAUCCUGACUUUUUAUACAGUGCAUUAGAAGGGAGCGGGAUCGGGAACAAGUCCGAACUAUGGGUUGCCCUUGUUUGUUGUUUGGCGCCUGGACGACGCUCUUGAAAGCUCUCUGGUAUGAGUGGAACCGAUCGACGACCGAGUCAUCGACGAUGAGCCGCAAAGGUACAUAUACACCGGUUGCAAACGCGGCGAGUAUCAACAUGUCUAAAAGUCAUAUCUCGAGAAAUCUAGCCGUACAACAGUUACACUAUUCAAACGCGCUUCUCUCUUUGACAGAUCUCUCCUACGGCAGCUACACCCAGAGCUUGCCCAUGCUCUUCCUGGCCUUUGUGAUGGAUCCUGUCCACGUCUUGAACCUCUUCGGGUCAUCCUUUUCACCCUUCCCCUGCUUCUCCAACUGCGCCAAUCUAGCGCCUUUGUUCUUGAUAGUCGACCCAAACUCGUUCGUGCUCAAGAGAGAUACCAUGGAAGCGCUAGCAGCACCCAUCACCGACGAGGUCUUUCUGCCUGCAGAUAUCGACCCGGGUUUCAAUGGCGUGGUGAACGCAUUGGGCGUGACGAGGGUUUCGGUACUUUCAUUCUCGAGCCCUGCACUGGAAAAGGAGAGGAGCAAGUCUGGCUGAGAGCGCGAAGUGAAGGAGGAUGUAGGGAUAGGGGAAGAAGGAGGCGAUGACCGGGGAGAAACAGCAGGUUCGCGAUGGUACGUGGGCGUACAUGGGGUGGAAGGGUUGCUUCUUGUGGGUGGAGCAGGGAAUGCCCACAACGCAUCGAGCCCGUCCUCGCUCACGGUCGCCUCGCUUUUGACACUGCCCGGGCGGAUGACAAGCUCCUCGCGCUCCUCUCCAGGUUCCUCCUCGACGACGUCCAUGCCUGCACCGGUGAACCGCCCAUCUUCGCCGAGGACGAGUUCUUCUGUAGGCGUAUCGCAAUCGGGAGUAAGGCAGGGUACGACCUCGGGGGUGUAAAAGAUGUCUUGCACCAUCUCGCCCUUGAGAGAGAUCCUUUCGGAUUUGGGCGAGACCAUCUCGCUAUCCUUCCACGAGGCGUUGUCGCGGUUUGAGGGGUCUUCGCGCGAGAGCACGAGCUUGGGAGGGGCCGG